CUUUCUCUUCUUCUUCUUCUACUCCUGUGAUUCCUGACGUUCGGACACUUUCCCUCGAAAGAAUGUUUACUCGCCGAAAUGGCCUUCGUCCGGGCUAACAAAUUCUAAUUUGUUUCCUAUCAGACACCAUUUUUGAUAGAAGCUAGAAAAUAAAAGCAUAACGUUAACCUUCUAUCGUAUAGAUCGUGACGUUCUGUCAUAUGGAAACGAUAUAGGAAACGACAAAACGCCGUCGUUUUUCAGUUUUGAAUCAAUGGCCACGAAACCGAUGAUACGAUUUGUCAACCUCUCGGAGGAAUGCAGCCAAGUUUGCUCAGAUUUGUCACGAUGAUCGCACUACUAGUUAACGUGACUUGCAUCCGGGACGAUCUUAAAAAUAGCAGAAACGUUCGAUCGAGGGAAGCCAAUCUGAUCGUUCGAAAUUCGAGAAGAGAGAACUCGCAAGGGAACACGGAUUUGAAAAUGGAAAGAGCUAAGAUCAGAGAGACUCGAGAUCAAAAUCAACACGAAGAAGAUUAUGCGGAUAAACUUAUGAACCCCAAUGAGAUAGUCUUCGACUCGCAACCGAGUCACAUGAGCAGAUUGGCGCAGAAAUUUGCUAACGACGCUCUUAAGUCUUUCAAGAUGCGAGAAACCAUAAAUAAACUCGUGAAUAUCAACUCUUCUCGGAACAAUACGGAUACUUAUUCGCUACUUUCCGUAGAAGAAAACUUCGCACGGAAAUCUAAUCUAAAACCGAAUCAUUCGAAGCAUAAAGGCAAAAAGAAAAAAAAACGGAGGAGGCACAGACGUCGACGUAAACGACUGAAACAUCGAGAGCCUCGAUGGUCCAAGAAGGCAUCCGCUAAGAUUACGACUCCAAAAGAAAAAAGACUCUGGUAA